GUGGAUCAUUCCCCGUGGGUGUGAAACUCUGAGUCGGUAGAGAGAGAAAGAAGAGAUAGCAGAGAGAGAAAGUCUUUGUUUAAUCCUUUUUUUACUUUCAUACGGACAGAACUAGAAGCGUUUUGUUCAGACAAAGCCGAAGUGAGAAGAGGAAAGAAAAGCUUUUCACUUUGGGUUUCAUAGAAUCUGCAAAAACCAAAUCAGAGUAGUGGAGAGAGAGAGAGACUUAAAUUCUAGGGAUGAGCAGAGCAGAGGAGAGAGAAAUCUAAAAACGCCCAUGGCGGCGUUGCAGAAAUUUAUAGAGAAAAAUAAAGAUUCAUAAAUAAGUAGACAGCUUAAAUUCUUCUUUCUUUCUUCUCUUCUGUUUCUUUUUCUUCUUCUUACUUUCUCUCACUUCAACUACUCACUACCAAGAAACACACUUUGUUCCAAGAGAGAGAGAGAAAGAGAGAUCUUGUAGAACAUUCGAAUUUAGAUUCGGAGAGCAGCAACAACACCCACAAGCUAAGGGAGUAUAAGGCUGAAUUUGAGUGAGAAGAAGAAGGAGAAAAAAGGAUAAGGAUUUCAUGGUAAUUAGGGUUUCUGAAUUAUGGAUAUAGUUGGGUCAAGAUUAGGGUUUGAAGUUUUAGGUCUUAAAAAAUGGCUGGGAUAUUCUCAUUAGGAGGUAACAACAACAACAACGGAGACGAAGAAGAAGAAAAUCAACAACAACAAAAGACAAAUUGGGUUUGGUAUAGAUCAAACGCAAACACCAAUAAUAUCAACCCAAGCUCGAGCCAACAAGUAUGGCAGAUUCCACCAGAGCAGAUGCUCAUGCAUCAUCAUUCACAUCCACAACAACAAAGCUUAGAUCUUUAUCCAGGUCAUCAGAUCGACGUCUCUGAUUUAGCCACUUCAUCAAGAUCCAUCACCAUUAGCUGUCGGGACUGUGGGAACCAAGCCAAGAAAGACUGCACUCAUAUGCGUUGCAGGACUUGCUGUAAAAGCCGUGGAUUCGAUUGUUCCACUCACGUCAGGAGCACGUGGAUCCCCGUUGCGAGGCGCCGCGAGAGACAACAGCAGCUUCAUAUGUCCACAUCUGGAGGUGGCGGCGGAAGCGGUAGUGGCGGUGCUGGAGGAGGCGGUUCGAGUAUCCCAAAACGCCAUAGGGACCCUACUCUUCCAGGAACAUCCUCCUCUUCUCGCUUGCCAUCCCACUCAGCAGGGUUAGAAAUGGGGGAGGCAAGUUUUCCGGGGGAAGUGAGCUCAGAUGCGCUUUUUCGGUGUGUUAAAAUGAGUGGCGUAGAUGAUGGAGGAGAUGGUCAGUACGCUUAUCAAACGACGGUCAAUAUUGGAGGUCAUCUCUUCAAAGGAAUUCUGUAUGACCAAGGCCCUGAAAGCAGCUACAUGAGUGGCGGUAGUGGCGGAAGCGAUCAUCAGAGCUCAUCCGCAGGAGGCGGAGGAGGAGGACAUCCGUUUAAUCCUCCAGUUGUGACCGACGGUGGCGGAGGAGUAUCAUCGGCCAUGUUUGUAGAUCCAAAUUCUGGUGGUUACUAUUCAAGUAACAUGACGACUAGUGUGUUCAUGCCACCAGGUACGCAAUUCUAUCAAAAUCCACCAAGAUCUUGAUUAAAUCAAGAACUUGACUUUUUAUUUUUGUUAUAUAGUGAUUCUAUAUAUGUAAUGUGUCUUUUGUUUUGUUGCUCUGGUCAAUCAUAUGUAAUACUUAGACGAUUUAAACAUUUGUAUGUCUGUUUGUUGUCAUGUAUAAUGUAUGU